AUGUCAAUCGGCGGUGUGCCGUCCAUGCCUUCUCCCAGAGGUCCCCGUGAACUAGAAUCUGGCCACAGUCUGCGUAGUGCUCUUCUGGAAGACUUCAAGCAGAAUCACAAGACUAGACGUUACGAGCUCAAGGACAUCUUCGACCAUGUAGUAGAAUUCAGUGGCGAUCAGCAUGGAUCACGCUUCAUCCAACAGAAGUUGGAGACGGCCAACAGCGAUGAAAAAGAACGUCUCUUCCGAGAGAUACAGCCAAACGCCAUUCAACUCAUGACUGAUGUAUUCGGAAACUAUGUCAUUCAAAAGUUCUUUGAACAUGGCGAUCAAAACCAGAAGAAGAUAUUGGGAAACAAGAUGAAGGGACGCGUACUGGAGUUGUCGCUGCAGAUGUACGGAUGUCGUGUUGUACAAAAGGCUCUUGAGCAUAUACUCAACGACCAACAAGCAUCUCUUGUUCGCGAACUGGAGAAGGACGUCUUAAGAUGCGUCAAGGACCAGAACGGAAAUCACGUUAUCCAAAAGGCCAUUGAGCGCUGCAGUGAGAACGACAUAUCUUUUGUUUUCCAAGCCUUUACUGGUCAGAUUCAGCACCUUAGUGUUCAUACUUAUGGAUGCCGAGUCAUUCAAAGAUGUCUUGAGAACUGCGAGGAACCGACACGAAAGGCUAUCCUUGCAGAACUACACGAUUGUAUGUCCACAUUGAUUGGUGACUCAUUCGGCAACUACGUGGCACAACAUGUCGUCGAAUACGGUUUCCCACCUGACCGGCAAAGAGUUCUUGAACUUGUACUCAAAGGUCUAGAAGGCUACAGCAAACACAAGUUCGCAAGCAAUGUCGUGGAGAAAUGUCUUACGCACUCGGGGGAGACAUGGAAGCACGAUGUUAUUGGUGUGAUUGUGCGUAACAACAACCGCGAAGGAGAAAGUAUGCUGCUCGGUCUGAUCAGAGACAACUAUGGAAACUACGUGAUCCAAAAACUCUUGGACCUUCUGAGUCAGCAAGACUUCGAUCACUUCAUCGAUGUUCUUCAGCCAGAACUCGCAAAAGCCAAGCGAACAGGAUGUGGCAAACAAGUCACAGCCAUUGAAAAGCGCAUGCAGAGACCGUAUGAUCAGAGCCUCCUGCCCAACCAGGCCGUCUUUGGUAGCCGAACCAUUUCGCAGAAUACGACACCUCCUCCACCACCCUUGACCGCUGAUCAGCGUAGUCUUCAGACCAGCUCUGUGGGUAGUGUUAACGGAGACACUCUUGAAGGAGCCACUAGCAGCCGCAAAGGUUCUGUCGAACAUGUGGUGCCUACUGUCUUCGAAACCUAG